AAAGCGUGACAAAGUGUGACCGGCUACACUAAGCGCAGACAGAUUUCCUAAAGUUUUGCCAUCAAUUCGUUCCCCGGUUUUGCUAUUGUUUUGUUUGUUUGCUUUAUCUUGACCAUAUCUGACCUUGAAUAAUGAAGUUACUGCAGGCGCUUCGCAGGAUGAGCCAAGGAGCUUCGGAGGUGCCACUUUCGGCACUUCGCCUAAAGUACUGCGAGCGCAAGGACGCCUUCCUGGAGGAUAACAUCAAGGUGAAGAACCCCUUUUGCGUAUUCCGAGACUGGCUGGAGUUGGCCCUGAAAACCCCGGAGAUCUUGGAGCCCAAUGCCGCCGCUCUGGCCACCGUGAAUCCGGAGGGAAGGCCCUCCAACCGCUAUGUACUGGUCAAAGAGGCCACCGCCGAGGGCUUCACUUUCUUCACAAACUACGGAAGCCGCAAGGCGGAGGACAUCAAGUCCAAUCCCAAUGUAGCCAUUUCCUUCUACUGGCUCCCUUUGCGGCGAAGUGUCCGCAUCGAGGGCGUGGCUGAGAAGAUCACGGCGGAGGACUCUCUCAAGUACUUCCACCAGCGACCUAGGGCCAGCCAAAUAGGAGCAGCUGCCAGUCCGCAAAGCCAGCGGAUUCCGUCGCGCAGCUACUUGGACGAAGUGGAGGCAACUAUCAAAGCGAAACUGGGUGCCGAUGGCGAGGUACCGCUGCCCAACUGGGGUGGGUACUUGGUCCGUCCCGACCUUAUUGAGUUCUGGCAGGGUCAGACCGAUCGGCUCCACGAUCGCAUCCGCUUUAGGCGAGGUGCAGGAGUGGAAUCCGAAGUCGACAGCAAGCUGGUCCACAAGGGAGAGGAUGGCUGGGUGUACGAACGGCUGGCUCCUUAGGCACUGAGAACUGGAGUUCAGCUACAGAUGCAUUGAAAAUGUCUUCCAAAUUUAGUUGUUGUGCGCAGGAUAAAGAAAUGUUCAAAGCUGCUUCAAAAUAUAAGCGUAGUUAUAAAGCAACAACUGUAAAUGUACUUGCAUUCACAACUACCAAAUAAAAAUUGCACGUUAAAUAUUAA